AUGAAUUCUCAAGCCCAGGAGCAAGCUGUAAUGCUCUGUGUCCGGCAAGGCCUGCAACGUCAAUUCAUUAACAACAUUUGGGGUCCAGAGGACGAAGCCGAUUACGACGACAAAACCUCAGGUGAGGUGUUGAACAGGAUUAAUAGUGCAGUCAGGAACGUCAACAGAAGGUACGAAGUACGGCUACCUUGGAAAGACGAUAUAGACCUUGGAACAAAUGAACGAAACGCACGGAAACGACUUAAAGGUUUGACGGACCGUUUAUUUCAUACGCCCGACCUGCUCGAGACGUAUGAUGAUGCUAUCCGCAAAUAUCUAAUUGACGGCGUCGCAGAAAAGGUGCCAGAGAACGAAUACAAUCACGAACAAGUAGAUAGACCAGUGUACUACUUACCUCACCACGCGGUCAUUCGCACGGACCGCAUUACUACGAAAUGUCGUGUCGUGUUUCACGCUUCCGCUCAUGAAACUCAAGAGAUCAGCUUGAACGAGAAUCUUCACAUCGGACCCAAUAUGAACCCGAAUGUAAGCGUUCUCCUACUGAGAUUUAGACUACAUGCUGUUGCUUUUACUGCCGACAUAGAAAAGGCAUUCCUCCAAAUACUCAUACACAAAAGAGACGGAGAUGCCCUGCGAUUCCUCUGGUAUCAAGCUAUGCCCACAGGAGUGGACGAUAAGUUGGAAAUAUGGCGAAUGACGAGAGUCACGUUCGGGACUGGCCCUAGCACAUUCCUGUUGGCGGCGACAUUGAAGAAACUGCUGAGAGAGUCCGAAGUAGAGUAUCCGGAAACAACAAGACUGUUGAACGAUUGUACGUAUGUCGAUGAUUUUAUAUCUGGUGCUGACUGCGAGGAAGCCGCUAUCAACGUGUACAACGAUGUGAAUAAUAUAAUGCAGAAGGGAAGCAUGAACAUGCGAAAAUGGGCCUCCAACUCAGCACGGCUGAACGCUUUGUACCUGCAGGACCCGGAGGAAGUCUCGCUAUUCGCUGGAGAUUCCCGCGUGAUAAAGGUUCUGGGAAUGAAGUGGGAUACGGAACAGGACUCCCUCUUUUACAAUGCUACCAACCUUCUUCAAGGUGGAAGGCCUGCUGUCUGGACGAAGAGGAAGGUGCUGCAGACGGCUCAAAGCAUAUACGACCCGCUAGGUUUGAUGUCACCGUAUACGAUCGCUGCAAGGAUCUACAUGCAAGAAAUGUGGCAACAAAGUCUCACUUGGGAUCAACCUAUACCGGCGGACCUACAGGAGAGUUGGGAAAGGUGGUAUGAAGACUUAUAG